UUUCAAUGCGCGGAGACAUGAGAUUUGCAAUGCAAAAUAGUUUGCCUUUCUGUUAGUGUAUCCUUGCUAGAAAUUUGAAGAUAAUUCGAGCACUGAAAUUUGAUGUUCUCCUCAACUUUCUGGUGAAAGUUGGCUUCUUCGCCUAGCGGGGAAGACCAAUAGUUCCGCCAUGAAUGGAAGGGGGUCAUCUGAUGUGCAUUACACUUCGUAAACACCGUGAGUUUCCUUAAUUUGAUUUCACAAGUUCUGAAGUCAUCCUUUGAUGUUCUAAGACAAAUGGCCCGAUUCCCGGGCUUUUUCAACGCGACCCAGUAUUUUGGUAAGUACUUUGUUUCUGCUGGAACCCUGUCGGCUAUUGUGCACCCCAACCUGUUGACUCCACUCCACCGAAUCUUCCAAAGUUACCAGCAUGUUGUAUCGCAAUCAGCAUUUUACAUGGUCUAUGAGUGAAGAUGAAUGAAUAUUGGAAUUAUAUAUGCUCACUUAAGAAAAGAGAAAAUCAAAAUUUUGAAGCAGGUUUUUUCUAUAUGAUUCAGAGUAGUUUGCUCUUGUUUCGAAAUUAACCAGGACAAAGUUAACUUCCGGUAAAAAGAUUUUCUUAGAAGUGCAAAGGAGAAAAGUUAAGGUAAAUUGAUUACAAAUCAGGACAGCAAUUUGUUAGUUAGCUAUUAAAAAAGCCAAGUAUUUUAAAUUUUUGAGUCACAGAUUAUAUUUUCUUCAAAUUUUUCUACAACAUGUUAGUGCGAAGUUAAUAUGUGCAGUUUUCAUGUACAAAAUGUUAUCUUCGUCAGUAAAACUUAGAACAUGUUUAUAAACUAUAGAUUACAGUUUUAAUGCUAAUCGUCGCUUGAAGUACUGUUUGUUAGGUUUAAAAACAAUCUGACUUAAUGCUUGCCUUGUCUGGUGUAAAUAAAUAUUUCUUUGAUUGUUUUGUUGCAAAACCUAACAGAAAAUGCAUGAAGAACUUUUAAGUGAUUGUUUAGAGUUGUGUAUCAUAAUGCUGAAGUCUUUUGUGGAAAAGUGACAACAGCAUACAGUCCUGCAAUUUACAAGUUGUCACUUGUGUUUGAUACAUUACAGAGAAGGAUUUAAGCCAAAUAAGAUGGUUGCUUUUGUAUAUCAAAGGGGCUUUCUAAGCAGAGAGAAUGUUGUGGUUAAAUCAGGUUUUACACACUCUACAAUAUUACCAAGAGUCUGCCGUGGAUUUAAGUAAGCUUGGCAUGCAAUCAUGUGUGGGGUUGGGAGGGAGGGGGCUUAUAUGCUGUUGCUUUUUUCGGUCAUUUCUGAGACUGCCUAUCACGUGGUGGGUUAGUCCUGAGGCCAUAUUACCUGUCGUUUCUUCCCCUUGGAAGUCCUCUUUGAAGUUCAAGGCAGAUUUCAGUCUUGCAAUCUGGGCACCCAAAGACAAAAUUGACAGCAACGAGUUGAUUGUUCUAGCAAUAUUAAGUGUAUUUAUAUAUUCUUUCACUUUCAGGGAGCACAAAUUCGGCUAAAGAUCAACAAGAUUCCUUUUGGGACCAGCAGUCUGUUAGGUAUUGUUAUUGGUUAACUUGAUCUAAGUACAAUACCUGAAUAUCCCAAUUUUUUUUAAAAAGUUAUUUGAAUAGAUGUUACAAGUUUUUCAUUGCAGUUGCAAGUAAUUUACCUUAAGUGUCACUUCUUUUUUCUAGUGCGAAUCAUUCAUCUGGAGUUUUUAAUGGGAAUGCUGCACAGCCUAACCAUUUUAUGAACAACACCCAGGUACUGAAAUUGUUAUCAUACUUGAAAUUAAAAUACAACAUCCUGUUAAUACGGACACUGUCCAGAUAGUCUACUGCAGGGCUGUCAUUAGGGAGUUUUAGCAUGGACGACGGCUAUGGCAGCGAAAACGUCACUUUUACAAUGAAUUAGUGUGUUUCAAACUUCAUCAAGUUUAUUCCAAUAUGCUGAAAAUAUCCAGUGUAGGCAAAUUUCCCUGGAGUUGAUUUCUUGGGGACCGCACUCUAGUUUAGAAAGAGAAAGACCAUUUCGUGGUCGCUUGUUUAUGUACUCCAUAAAACGUGAAAUUAGGCAUUUUUAUGUCGUAGUCGUGCAGCAAUGGCAAAGAACGUACAAAAAAGCAUAAUGCACGUGCGAACUUGUUGUCUUUUCUUAAUAAACCUAUUGCUAUUUUGAAAUUCUCGUUGCCGGCGCAGUCAUCGGUGCUAAAACUCCCUAUUAAGAGGCGGGGGCUGAGGAUUUUCCCCGGCUGCUGUGAACAUGGCCACUGGCUACUUUUAAAGGAAAAUAGAAGAACAAGUAGAACCAAAAGAAACCCCUAGCUGUUUGAUUCCCCUUCUGCUUGUUGUACUUAUCCAUCAACUUCAAAUCUUAGUGACAACCCUGGUCAACUGUCUACUCAUAGUGAUAGAGUUUCCAUACCUUUGUCAACAUCUGGCUACUGAAACCUUGAAUGCCCGAAAUAAAUUUUUAAUGUUAUUGUGUUGCGAAGUUAAAGCAAUUUAGGUAUAAGUUAAAUUUAACAACAAACAGUGUGUAAUGGUAACAAUUGCAUACAGGCAAACCACUAUGAAGUGGCCGUCACCCCUUAUAUAGCAGCCAGUUAUCCCUUUUAUGUGGACAUUGGGACAUUUUUGCAGUUUACUUGUGUAUCCAGUUAUCCAGUGUGAUGCAUACUAGUUAACACAUUCCCAAUAUAUUUCAGUAGUUGAUAGUUGCUCUUAGUGUAACUAUAAGUAAUUGUUGGUUACUUAAAGAUUGAAAAAACAGUCUUUUUUCCUUAUAUUUUCAGGAGUACUUUGUGGAUGGAUGGGAAGACUGGCCUGAUGAUUUUGACGAUUCUGAAAUUCAAGAAAAUGAACUAAACAGCUUUAACCCAGUAAGAUAUAGCUCUUUCAUAUUUGAAAAUUAUCUCGAACACGAAGGAGUGGAGUAGAUAGAGAAUAGAAUGCCUUUGCUUUGGUCUACGGAACCAAAAUGGGCUGUUGAUUUCAAGCAAAUGUUGAAAAUGGUGAAGUGAAAGUUUAAGCAAAGUAUUGAUGGGCAGAAUGGGUACUUGGUCAUCUCUGCCAUUUGGCGUCAACAUGAUUCUUUAGGGAGCUUAACCAACAACGAUGGCGAUGGCUAUGGAAAUGUCACUUAAAAAGUGCAAUCGCGCUGCUUCAAACUUUAUCACACAUAUUCCAUCUCGUUCAAUUUACCGAAUGUUGGCAAUUUUCGCUGGAGUUGAAUUCUUAAAAAUGGUAUCAAAGUUCAGGAAAAGAAAAAGAAAGUCAUUGUCUUGUGUUCACGUCUUCCAUAAAACGUGAAAUUAUUAGGCAUUUUUCACAUCGUAGUCGUGCAGUGAUGGCAAAGAAAUUUACUGAAAAAAUGUGGUGCAUGUGCAGAGCUGUUGUUUUGCCAAUCUGAACUUAUUGCCUUUUUUCCGUUCUCGUUGAUGUCGCCGUCAUCAUUGCCUCAGCUCCCUAUUAUCUCUCUAUUAUACCAAUGAUACAAACAACUGGGUGAGAGCUUUAAUUUGAAUGGUCAGGCCAGAGGAUUCUCUGCAUGCAUUAAUGAGAAAUUAGAACUUACAACUACGUUAUACAUUGCAUGUUCCUGUAUUUUUUUUUAAGGAUAACAUGGUGUAACUACAGUGGCAAUGAUGGCCAAGCAAUACUGUUAGCUUCACAUUUUUAGCCUUUUGUUUUGUUCUGUAAAAUACCUGACUGACAAAGUCAAAAUUUGUGUUGAUUUGUUUUCCAGGGAAGUGAAAAAUUGGUUGUGCCAGACCGUGAAGAUAGUCAGACCUCGUCUUCGGAGGAGGAUUCACCUCCCCCUGGUAUGGAUCCUGAACUGAAUUCUUGGGUAGAGGAAGAGGCCCCCGACUAUGGCUACACCUCAUAUCACAACUCAGCUGCUUCAUUUUUUGAUGGAGAUUUUAACACUCAGCAGCCUGGUAUAUUGACACAGGUUAGUUUUUGUCAUUUUUGUUCUGUAAAUGUAUUUUGUAGGUAGUGCAGGUACAAAAUGCUCUUUCAGUAAGUCAACAGGAAACAGUGGUGCCACUGGCCACCGUCAGUGGCGGAGGUUGUCAAUGUACAGUGUAUAUAUGUAUUUGUAUUUAUUUGCCACACAUAACACAAUUACUUAUAAAAUUUUACAGUUUAAAGAUACAAAAAAAUGUAGGAAGAAAUGGCGAGGAGGUCUAAGGAAACUAUAAAGCUUACCGUAAAAUUCUGAAAAUAAGCGCCUCCAAAUAUGAGCCCCCCAAACUCGUAAUGCAAAAAAAACCCUCUGUUACAUUGCCCCUCUGAAUAUAAGCCCCCUAUAAGCUAGCCCAACUGAGUUUGAAAUGCAAAUUUCCCUCCAUACAUAAUAAGCCCCUCUGAAUAUAAGCCCCUCCAAAAAUAAGCCCCUCAAAAAGGGCCUUUGAAAAACAUAAGCCCCGGGCUUAUUUUCGGAAUUUUACAGUAUGUUAAUUAGGCCUCCUCAAUUACAAUUUUUUCAAAGAUGGCAUAAAAAUUACGGUGACAGAUACAAAAUAUUAUCAGAUGGAAAAUUAAAAUAACGAUCAGUAUUAAGGAAGUUUACAAAUGUUGAAUAUUAAACAGCUUUUUCCCAAGAUUUUUGUUGGAGUAUACUACUAAUAAUUAUUACAGUUAGAUGUUCUAGCGUUGUUGUAGCAGCAAUUUUGAAGCUUUGUUGGGCAGGCUCUCUUGUGCUGUUUUGGUGGAGUAGUCUUUUCCUCCCUCCCCUUCACUCCCUGUGUUUUGUUUUCACUGCUAACUGUAUGUAAUUGUACUUGGAUGCAUUUUAAAGGUACUAAUCGCUAGGUUGUGGGGACUGCCACUCAUAGAAUGGUACUUAGUCUAUGUCCUAGCUGGCAAUUCUGUCGUCAGAAUAAUGUGUAAAAUACAUCUUGUAUUGCUGUUUUGUAAAAUCGCUGUUACAAAAUUAUUUUUCAUAGUUUAAAGCGAGCUGAAAUUACUUUCUUUUUUCCUUAUUGUCUAGCAUGAUGGAAGAUCCUAUGCAAGUGUUUGUCAGACUGGUACCACUGCACCACCUGAUAACAGUCCUUCAUUGCAGCCGUCAAACAGCCUUCAACCAGACUACUGGUCAUCUGCAACAUUCCAGGAUCCAUAUGCUGUCCAAGAGGUCAACCCAGAGGGUACUGAUACCCAGCAAAAUGCACCAACUUUUGAGUCGUGGAGUCGUGAACCUGAGCUUGGCAGCUGGUCUCCUGUGUUUAAUCAUGAUGAUGAAUCAUUUGCUAACUCUACGCAGGAGGUACCUUCAACACUGCCUCAGCCUCUGCAGGUUGCUGAUUCCAUUCAAGAACCACAGAUCAACUCGUUAAGACCUAGUGAAGAGCCGGAUGCACAUGUACCACAACAGCAAGGUAGGAGACUCAAAUUUUGUCAUGUACAUCCUAACAUAGCCUGCACCACAGAUGAAACUAAACUCUGGUUAAGUCUGUCUGUGAAACAGCCCUGGAAUCCUUGUUUUGGUCCCCCAACUGUGUACUAGGAUUAGAGUACGCUCCAUGAUUGGCCUGUUAAAAAAGCCAUUGUUGAUUUGUCGAUGAAGAUGAAAGGAAAUUUGAAACGCACUUCCGGUGAUUCAUUGAGUUCGUUGGGCACCCAGAACAUGGAUUUCGGGGCUGCUUAAUUUGCAGACGAUACUAACCAAGGUUAAAUAAUGUCUGUGAUGCAGGCUUAUCCUAACACUUUAAGAUUUUAACUACCAGAAGGCGUCAUUUAACACAUGCACUUUUUUCUUGAAUGUUAUAAGUAGUUUCAAGUGAUUUGUUCAAGUGUGUGAUUGGUUAUCAUAUGACUGGCUCUGCGAGUGGUUAAGGUGAAGUGAAUCCUAUGUUCUGGCUAGCUCCCCAAGUAGGCGAGAUAGGUCUGUCUUGCUCAUUUAGGAUCACCCGCUUUGUUAGCGCAAAAAAUUUUAUUUCCCACCACUUCUGCACUGUGAUCUUCCUGGUACCUUGUUAUUAAUUUUCUUUCAUUUGAAUCUUUACAGCCACUUCCUUAGCAGCAGACUUUUUUGGUCAUAAUGAAGGGCAGCAAGACAGUGCUUGGUCUGCACUUACUGAAUCUGACCCACAGAAAGCAGCUUUGUGGGGGAACCUACCAGAUGUUCACCCUCUUUUAGGUCAUGUACCUGUUGAGAAUAGCCCAUUCCAUCAAGACGCAGCUGCAGUGAGUCAUCAGAGCUCAUCUGGAUUAUUCCAAGAAACUAUGGCAUCCGAGCCAGAUCAGCAAUCCUCAGUGCAGCAAUACCCAGGAAUGGAAAGUCCAUCUGGGGUAUUCCAAAAAAACAUGCCUUCUGAGCAAGAUCAGCAAUUUUCAUUGCAACAAUACCCAGUGAUGGAAAGCCCAUCUGGAUUUUUUCAAAUCAACUCAGGCUCAGAGCCGGUCAUCAAUGAAGACAAUACCUUGGGUCAGUCGAUGAGCCAUCCUAAGUCCAUCGCUGAUUCAAUGCAAAAUGACCCCGAGGAUCUUUCUGUGGCAGAGGAAAGUCCAUCUAUGCAGCCAUUACAUCAGGAUGCUGAUUCAGUAAUCAAACAGUCAUUCUCUGCUGAGCAGAUGCAGCCACAAAUGCAAAUGUCAUCUGCUGUUGUAAAUGAGGCAUUUUACCCUUCUCAAGAACAAGGACAGCAAAUGUACAAUCCAAAUCAUUUUUAUGACCAGCAGAUGAAGGCAGAUCCAACUCAAGAAGAGAGGGUUGCUUCUGAGGAAACACAUCAGACAAAAGAACCUCAUUUUGAUGAGCUGCAACCAUGGCAACAGCCAAUAGCUGAUCCAGCUAGGGAAGUGGAGUCAUCGGUUGAAGAACCAAGUAAUUUGCAUCCUAGUCAUGAUAGUUCGGCCUCUGAAUCCUCACCGAUGCCACAGGUUAAUGAACUUCCUCAAGAACAAGUUUUUCUUUCAACUGGUGCCAUUAGUGAGCAGGAAAGGUCCGAUAUGGCUCAAAAUAACUUCCUUCCUGGUUAUAAUAAGGCAAACUCAGAACCCACACAGCUCCAAGAGUUUGAGAUCACUCCAACAAAAACUUCUGAGCAGUCAGCCAUUGCAGAUGAUUUUCAGAAUUCUUUUGACCAAAAUAAUUCAACUACAGAUUCCACACAGCUAGUUCCAGCCAUUGUAUCUUCAAGGGGGUUUUCUGGACAGUCAGUGACUCCUGAUAUUUCAUAUCCAUCAGAUAGUGUUCAGGGAUUCUUCAGGAAUGAAAAUAUAACUUCAGAAUCUUCACAUCCAUGUGAAACUCCUCAGCAGCUCAUUAAACCAGAGAUUCCUGGUGCUCCUGACAUCCUUCAGGAUUCAUUCCACCAUGACAAUUCAAGUACAAAUUCUUCAAAUCCACUGGAACUUAAAAUGCCAUUAAGGGAAUCUUCUAAACAAUCACAAACACCAGAUAUUCCUAUAGAGCCAGACAGCCCUGGGGAUGCUCUACAGGCUGCGUUUCUACAGAAACAACUUGCUGGAAAGGCACCAGCUGCAUCACCACGGACAUCCCUGUGGAUGAAUGGCACUGUGCUACCAACUCCCUGCGUUUUAGCGCCAGCUGCUGUUGUUACCCCAGUUGAAACACCACAGUUGCACGAAAAUGACCAAGCUCCCACUUGCAACAAACAGGUAUGACGUUUGUUAAAUGCCUGGGUGAGUUCUUAGCCCUAGAAAUCCCAAUAUCCACUUACAAAUUCUAAAGACUGCUGUCCAGAAGAAAAUAAAAAAUGACACUUUUGCUCAAAUCUUAGUUAAACUGUGCUCGGACAUGAAGCUUUUCAUAUGCUGAUCAUGAUUUGGAUGUUAAAUAUCAAAGCCAACCAAAACUGAGAGGAGUGCGUGUGUUCAGUUGAUUCAAACAGCCAUAUUUUUAUUCAAAUAGAGUACAGUGGAACCUCUAUAAAAUGAAGGCCCAAAGGAAUGACUCAAAUACUAUGUUGACUAUGAGGAGGUUUUGUUAUGUUAAGGCUUUUUUCCACAUAAUCUGCUAUUACCGGGGCAAAGAAUAUCAUUAACCCUUCAGGUCCCCAUAGUGACCAAGAUCAAUUUUCUCCUAACAAUAUCCAUAUGUUACCAAGAGAAAUGGUUAUGAGAGUUAAUAAAAUGAUCACCUAAGAAAAAAUGCUUUGAUCUUCUACCAAAUUCUCUCAACUUAUUCCUUAAGGAAAUGUAUAAAGACCAGUUUGGAGAAUUUGUAUGUGGAUAUUGGGGCUUAAAGGGUUAAUUUUGUUAUACUGAAGACUUCAUUAUUAUAGAGGCUCAUUAUGUUAAGGUUCUACUGUAUGAAAGGCUUGGUGUGCGAAUCAAAUGUUUGGCCCAGCUAUCCAAAGUUUGACGUAUCCAUUCUUGGUUGAUUUAGAUGUACUUUAGACUGUGUGUUAUUUGGACUCCCGAAAAGCUUGAUGUCUAAACUGUGCCUUCUGAUUUCUAAGCUCUAAUAUUUCUUGACAUUUUUUUUAUUCCAGGAACCACCAUCUUCUGUUACACCUAUAUUGAUGCAACCUUACAGUGUGGACAAAAACAUCCCUGCUGUAGUCAGUCAGCAAAGUCCAGCAGUCCAUUCUCAAGGUACAUCACUCCCUGUUGUCAUCCCUCAGCAGGUGCCGUCUGGAGAAUUAUCUGUUUCUGCAAACCCUUACAACCAGGGUAGUGAGCUUCCUUCUGCGGUCAAUCAACAAAUACCACCUGCUCCAUUUGCUCCAGGACCAACACCUCCUCUUGUACAUCCUGAUAGCCAGGGAGUAGGGCAUCCUGUGGCAGUCAGUCAGCAGAUGCCGCCUGCUUCAUACUUUGGCGGAGUAACAUCUGUGUCAACAGUCUAUGAUGGACAGGUUUCAGAGCUUCCAUCAGCGCUAAAUCCUCAAAUGUCUUCAGCUUCAUCUGCUUUUGUGACAACACCCGUGCCUACACAUUCUGACAGCCAGGGAACAGCACUCCCCCCUGUGACCAAUCAACUAAUGGCACCACAUGGACAGUCUGUCAGUGGAGCAUCUACCAUGUCCAUACACCCAGGUAAUAAGGUUACAGAGUUUCCACCUGUAGUCAAUCAACAAAUACAACCUGUCCCAUCUCCUCUUGGACCAACACAUGCAUUCAUGCACUCUAGUAAUGAGAGUACAGCAGUUCCUGCAGUGACCAGUCAGCAAAUACAGUCAUACAAUCCUGUCCCUGCCGGGGUAACACCUGUUCCCACAGGCUCUGUUAAUGAGAGUACAGUGCCUUUUACUGCAAAUAAUCAGGAAAUAUCUUCAGUUCCACCAACUAUCAAUGACUCUAUGCAAGAGCGACAUCCUAGUCGUGUGGUGCCAGCAAUUGAGUCAUCACCAGUGGCUGCAAAACAACAACAAAAAGCUGAAUCUGCUAAUCCCAUGUCAUUAGCUUCUCUUCUUCAGGGAGGUCAACCUCGACCAAAGAAAAAGACCUCACAACCAUCUGCAGUACCUGCACCAGAUGCGGGACCAUCCUUUGCUGCCGUGGAUUCGGUGAAUUCAUUUUCAGACAAUCUACCCUCAGAAUCCGUUAAUUCACACUGUGCUCCUUCUGCUGAACAACUUAACAGUGGAUUAGAACCAAAGCCUCCGCAGAACUCAUCUCAACAAAUUGGACAUCAGUCAUUUGAUUCUCCUAGAAGACAAGAUGAGUCACAAAAUUCUUAUGAAAGAGAUUAUAAUAUCCCUUAUUCACAAGAAAAACAAAGGGUCCCUGAUGAAUCACCCUAUCAUGGUACUGCAGACCCCCAUGAUAGAAGGGAUAAUUAUUAUCAACAUGAUCAAAGAGACUCUUAUAAGAGCCAUAAUAGAAGGGAUCCUUACCAACAUGAACAUGACAGUAGAGAUCUUGAUAGACCAUAUUACGAUAGAAGGGAACCUGAAAGAAGGAACUUUGACAGGAGAGGUGAAUAUGACCGAAGAGAUAGCGAUUACGGUCGGAGAUCAUAUGACAAUUCUAGGGAAUAUGAUAGAUGGAGUUAUGAUGGAAGAGAUUAUGGCCGCAGGGACAGUUAUAACAAUCGGGACUCUUAUUAUGACUACGGGUACUCUCCCAGAAUGGGAAGGCGUGGAUACAAUGAUGGCCGUGGCUCAAGAGAAGAUCUAUACAGAGGUUCUAAUCAAUACAGUGGACGCAGUACACCAUCGUCACAGGACAGAAACAGUCCAGGUCCAUAUGAUUAUUCUGCUUCUCCUUAUGCAUCGCACCAGUACGGAUAUCCUUCUUACACUGAUUCACAUUCCAUGGACCUUUAUCAGUAUCAGUAUAUGAUGUACCUGUACCAAUUUCAUCCUCAACAUUACGAGCAAUAUUGCCAACAGCUGGGAUAUUACAGCUCAGGAUAUACACCAGAGCAGCUAGCUCAGUACUAUGCGGGAUAUGGCUACGAAAGUUCACAGCCCACACAGCAAGGUAAGGAUUAUAUUUCUCUUUUGCUACAGUCAACCGUCUCUUAACUGACACCUCUAUAAGAUGGACACCUAGAGUUGGUCCCUGCCUUUUUGUAAUCCUUUGGACUCUCUAUAAGAUGGGCAUCACUCUUAGACAGACACUUUGUGCUGGUCCCUGUCCAAAGUGUUCGUCUUAGAGAGGAUUCACGGUAUUUGUGUAGAGACAAUAAUUUAUUCUCUUUGAGAUGCACCUCUUGCUGUCGGUCUUGUGUAGAGGAGGCAUCAGUUAAGAGAGAGUUUUACAUGUACAUUUUUCUUCCAUAUUACUUCCUAGUAGCAUUCAGUGGACCCUGGCAACUACGUAGCAUUUUGCUUUUGGAUGAUAAGGAAAUAUUAGUUUUGUAGGUCAAGAGCUGUUUUACUCCCUAAAAUUUGUCUUAAAUUUACACAUGUCAAAGUUUUAUUGAAUAAUGUCCCUGGCAAGUGAUAAUGAACUGAAGGGGGCCUGGAAUGAAGCCCUUACAGUGACUUCUGAUAAAAUGCAAGAUUCUCUUUUCAACUACAGCUGUACCUUGUAUUUACUUGAUAAUUAGAAGGAAAAUUUGGUCCUAGAUCAGUAGUCACUUAGGGCCUUUCUUUUUCCUGUUUUUCUGUUUUCCUGUAUAUACUUGAUAAUAAAAUGGCAAUUUGGUGUUAGACCAGGAGUCACUUAGGCCCUUUCUUUUUCCUGUUUUGUUAGGUCCAGAGCAAGAGGUGCCUCAGCCUGAACCAGAAAGGUUCACGCCACUUUUAUACCGGGUGCAGCAUCCUCUGGUGCGCUUUAGUGGGGGCAAACUGGUAUCUUUAAUUGGAAGUGAAGACAGUGAGACACCAAAAUGCACCCUAGCUUCAGUUCAGGUGAGACACUUAAUGAUUACUUCUGUUGGUAAUUUUCGUUCAACAUAAUUUUUGUGAAAUAUCCAUCCUCUGGCCAUCCAUAUAAUUGCUCAUGGCUACUUUAUUCCAUGCACUUUAUUAAAGUGCUGCAUUGUUUAUUAAGUGUUUCAACUUUAGGGAGCAGUGCUUAUUUGGGGGCAUCACCAUUUAUGAUUAUGAAAUCUUUCUUUCCCUUGCUUCUUUGUAAGCUACUGAUAAAGGAAACAGUGUUAUUCUGUCAUUAUUUUGAAACUUUGACUUUUAUGAAGGUCUUGUUUACACUUUGCUUUGCUUUGCCUGGUCUUUGAAUGUUGGAUUUUUCAGAUAGAUUGCAUAACUAACAAGAUUUUCUAUAUUCUUUCAACAUACAGAUGGUCUUUAGCAUUGAAGAGACAGAGGUUAUUAAAAUCUUUCCUGGACCACUUUCAAGGUUUGUUUUUUUUCUGUAGCUCAGUACUGAGUGCGAGAGAUCACGUUAAAGUUCUAAGAAAAAAGUUCCAAAAAGUCAAAGUUAAAAAAAGAUUUGUGGUUUUUGAGGAUCAUUUAAAUGCCCACUUAACAACAACGAUAAUGACAACAAAACUUAAUUGAGAAGCGAAUAAUAUAACAAAAGUAAUGCCUGCAGCGCUAGCUAGCAUUGCUAUUCAAGAUGGGACAAAAUGUGUGCAAAAAAAAGAAGAAAUUAAGAUUAAGGCUAUAAUUAGGAAGUCCAUAGAAAUUGCCCUAAUUCAGCUUGCUCCAAGACUAGAUGUUACUUCAGUUUACUAGUGUAAAGUAACUGUUGUGAGAAUCUCGAGACUGUUUGUGUUCUUUUUGUAGCCGGUACUCAAGCAGAACUGAGGUGAUGGCAUUCUGUGAGAAGCGAAGCUGUGGAGCCAUCUUGACCACUGAUGGUGUUGUAAAAUCUUUGGUUUGGAAGGUCUUGGGCAGUCUUGUUAAACACAAUGGAGUAAGUAAACCUGUCUUGUUGCACUUUGAAUCACUGCUAUCAGUACCACGAGAUCAGGUUUUACCUUGUAAACUUAGUUAUAAGGAGCACGCCUGCAAGUGUAUAUUCACUUAGCCUGUUUUUGCCCCUCCAAAUGUAAUCCCCCCAAACUCAUAACACAAAAAAUCCUCUGUUAAAUAGCCCCUCCAAAUAUAAGCCCUCUGGGGCCUUGUACUUGGAAAUUUCCCUCAAAUACAAAGUAAAACAAAGCAAAAACGGUAAAUUUCCUUCCAAAUAUAAGGCUAGCCCAAUCUAUUUUCAAAAAAACAAAUUUCCUUCCAUAGAUGAGCCCCUCCGAAUAUAAGCCCCUCAAAAAAAGGGCCUUUGAAAAAUAUAAGCCCCGGGGCUCAUUUUCGGAAUUUUAUGGUAUUUAGCAUGAAAGUGCCAACUGGGGACACUAUUUUUACGUCACCUACUGGAGACGGAACCACCAUUUUUUGUUGUCAUCCAAGCCACACGAAGGUCCAGCUGUUUGCAGUGCAAAAGGAGUGCCUUCAUUUCUCAAUUGUUUUAAGACCCUGAGUAAUGGUCUGGCCUCGGGAAAAGAACCCGUGACCUCUUGCCCUGCAGUCAAGCGCUCUACUGACUGAGCUAAUCCUGCCGCGGUUUGCAUCUUUAGGCCUUUGUGGCAUGUGACCUUGCUGAAGUAAUAAUGGAGAACUGGAGAAGUUCCAAUGACCGUGGGGAGAAUGACUUUCUUGCCCCUGAGAGCUUGCCUCCUACAGAGAUUGAUACCAACCAACAUGUGAUGGUAUUCAGAGAGAUGCUUCUGGCUGGAGCAACUAAGGUAAAGAUUGUGAAGUUGUCUUUCAAAGAAAUUAAAAGGUGUCCUAUUUUUUGUCAGCUGCAAUUUGGCGAAUGCUGCUGUUGUUUGUCAUCUUGGCUAACAGUUUUUGAGCUCUAAGUCUUGGGCAUUUUGUUUUGGAACGCUUACCUAGUGUCAUCUUCUAUUUUAUCUCUCAUGGUUUACUUCUCGUAAGUAGCCAUGCAAAAUGCGAAGAUUUAAGAAGUGUUUUUUUUUUCACAAGAAUAGUGUAGCAAAUAGAGCAAACGUAGAGAUCAGACCAUGCAUCAAGAAUUCAAUUACUUACAAGAGGUUAAAAACGAAAAUGUCUUUUACUAGACAGCUCUCUAAGCUGCGACCAUUUUGGUCUCCAUAAUAAGUGGAAUAAAAUGAUGGUAAAUAAAAUUGCAGCAGAAUCCACUGAUUUGCCUACCUGUGACUAUAGCAGCCACGUGCCAAUCGGGAGCAUUUUUAUCAGUUGUGUUUAUUGUCUUUCUAAAGCUUAUAAAAUGAGGGAAACAUGCAUUUUCAUGACAUUUUCUCCAUUUCAUAACAAAUUUGCAUCUUACCCUGGUUGUGUAGGUAGCCCUGAGAUGGCCCUGCACCUCCAAAUUAGUUAGGCAGUUAUUUUCAUUACUUCAAACCCCCAUAUGCAAUAUUAAAGAAAGUGUCCUGUUUUGUUCUGGUGACCAAUUUUUUAUGUUUGGCAACCAUUCAAUAAUUUUAGAUUGCCAAAUAUAUGGCAACUUUGAAAAAUUUGAGCUGACAGCACUUGAGAUUCUAACCACAGGGCUUUGACUUUGAAAAAUUGGGGCGUUUUUUGGUUUUGUGGAAACCAUUGUUGGUUCACUUUUGAGUUGUGUUGUCGGUUAUUAUUCAGCUUUGCAUCCAUUCUCCUGCAUCACUCCAACAAAAGGUGCAACUUUUCAAAGUGUCAGCUUUAAGUGUGCUUCUAUAUUGCUGUGAGUCUGGGGUCCUAACAUCCAACCUCUGUCGUCAACUUGAUUCUUUCCAGACGUCUUGCCUUAAAAUCAUACUUGGUGAGGAAGUCUAUGGUAGCAUGCUGGGGACAGUCCCCCUUUCCCAAUCAGUUAAAGCCUGAUGGCACCCCCAGGGGGACCUUUUUUGUAAAUAUAUGCUCCGACACAUUGUAAACCAAGACUUGGUGGACCUAAAAUUCUAUUCCACAAAUAUGCUGGAAAGCUAAUCAAUCCAGAAAAUCCCCCCCCCCCCCCCCCCCCCACAAAUCACUACUUUUGAAUAAGACCGCAAAUCUAGGGGGGACUUGGGGGUGAAACCUGGUGACACAUGGGGCGCCCCGGAGAUCAGAUCACCCACGGGAAGAGGAAGCACUAUGAAAGAGGUUCGGGGGUGGGUGUCAAUCUGAUUUUUUUCAGGCCUCUUGCCGUAAAAUUCUUCCUGGGUGGGAAAUCUUUUGGUGGCGUGUGGGGGCAGGCCCCCUUUCCCAAUCCAGUAAAGCCCGGUGGGCCCCCCCGGGGGGACUUUUUUGUUAAUAAAUUCCCCGAACAAAUGUAAACCAAAAAUUGGGUGGACCAAAAAUCUUUUCCCCAAAAAUGCCGGGAAGACUAAAAAACCCAAAAAACCCCCCCCCCCCCCUCCUCACAAAAUCUGUACUUUGGCAUAGGACUGCAAAGCUUGGAGGUGCUUGGAGGUCAACUCUUGGCACCACUGGGAACCCCCGUGAGUGCCUCAGCCAAGCAGAAAGAGAGAGAGAGAUCUUUAACAACAACAAAAAGCUACCAAAAAUUGGUGUUUUUGUAUUGGUGGUCACUUAUGGGAUGUCAGGUCUCACAGAGAGGGUUGACCGUAUAUCAAAGGAAUAUUUAUUGUAAUUUAAUAACAUUAACCAGUUGUCUAUAAUAUUGCCAUGUUUGUUGUUUUUCUUCUGCAGGAUGCUCUUGAAUACUGCAUGAGAUACCGACUUUGGGGACAUGCUAUGAUGCUAUCGUUAAAGCUGGAUAAAAAGAUUCAAGUGGAAGUGUCCAAUAGGUAGAAACCUGUUGAUAAGUCUCACCUUUUUAUGUGGCAAAAUUAUCUAUCAAUUAUUGAAACAAUAAUUAAUCUAGCCUUUGUUAAAUGAUCGCAGGUUUUUGAAGACCAUGACAGACUUUGAUCCAAUACGGACUGUUUAUGAUCAUCUCUCUGGAAGGCAACCUGUAGCAUUAAUGGUAAGUUACCUUCAGGGGGAACAAACCAGAUGAUACAUGUUUAAUGAAAGAGUGAUUUUAUUUCAAAAUGGUUGUGAACCUUAUGAGUAGUUGACCUGCCCUAACUGAAGAUCUCAGGGUCACUCUGGAUUUCAAGUGACGGGGAUGGUUGAUUUGGGGCAAAAAUCAAAACCAAAGAAAAUCCCUAGCACUUCUAACAGCCCCCCCCCCAAAAAAAAAAAACAAAAAAACAAAAAAAAAAAAAAAGAUACAGGAAGAGAGGUUUUUUUCUCGAGAUUGUGUAUAGGCAUGGGAAUAGUUAAACGAAGUAACAGAACGAAGCCGGGGACAAUAGGGAUACAAAGGGAGGGGGGGGAUAAAUAGGACGAAAAAAAAAAAACAAAAAAAACCACAAGACCCUUCAACAACCCCACCCCCCCCCAAAAAAAAAACAAAAAAACAAAAACAAACAACAACAACAACAACAAUGAAAAAACAUUGACCAUGCAAAAGUUAACCCAAAAAUUUCCUUACUGAAUUUCCGAGCCUUAUUAACUGGUUUUAUGAAACAGAUGCAAUGUAAUGCAUUGAAUAUUAAAACAGGCACAAAACAAUGCAGCUGGGAUACAUGGGCACUAACACUAAUCUUGAGAUGGUUUUGAAGACCCAAAAAUCCCUAUAUAAUCAGGAAGCCACCCAAAAACAUACUUGCCAAAUUUUCCAACCCCCCUAAAAAUCGAGGAAUAAAAAUUGCGAGCCCAAAAAAAUGCUUUGAUAAUCCCCGUCACUUGAAAUCCCGAGUACCCCCUUCCCCCCCUGCACGCCCCCAAGCUGAAGAUCUCCAAGCCUGUACACUUUCAAUAGUCUCUUUAAAUUAGACUUAGUUGUGGACAGAAGCCAAUAGCAGAAGAUUCAAAGACAUUUGUAGAAGGGAUUUAGUAAUUAUUUUUUUUUCAAGAAAAAGAUCUUGGUCCAAAACUUUUUUCAAGAUCUAUAGGAUUAAUAUUCUCCCAUCAGAAGUUAAGGCAUGACGAUUAAUUUUUAACGUUUUUUCUUUCUUUCUUUCUUUCUUUUGUUUUUUUUUGGUGUACUGUAGGAUAAUAAGAGACUAAAAAGUUCUUAUUUGUUGUACUGCUUGGAUUUUAAGUUUACUACAGGCAAUACCGUUGUCAACAAAAUAGAAAUUUCUAGAUUGGGGGCAUUUAUGAUGUGGGACAAAAACAUUUUGUUUUUUAACUGAACUGAACAUUCUUUUUUAGUUUGUUUACUUUGUAAUCCUUUUCUUUGUUUGUCAGACCCCUGAUGACUGGCAAAGAAGCUUGGCAGCAAUGGUUGCCAACCCCCCUCGUCAGCAUCCACAGUGUAUCAAGAAAAACAUAACAUGUCUAGGGGAUACUUUGAGUAAGUGUUUUAAUCAAAGUAUUUGCAAGUAUCUAUAACUUAUAAUCCUUAGAUUGAGGCUGUGUGGUCAAGCUGUAGUGGUGCUGGACUUGGAAUCUGUAGGCCAAAAGUUCUAAACCUAAAGCCCUGCUCUGGCCAUUGUUUCUCAUUAGUACUGAGUUCAACUCCGCAGCCUUAAGGGUGAAAGGAUAAAAUUGAUCAGUUUGAUUUUUAUCUGAUUUUCUUUCUCUUUCAGUGUCUAAUGAACAGGUGUGGGCUGCACAUCUUUGCUACCUGUUGGCAGGGGAGAAAUUUGGCUUUCCAACUGAGGAUAAAACCAAGAUGGCCAUAAUGGGAAUUGACCACAGGUAAAGCGUCAAUAAACAAAAUGUUCUAUCUCUAUCGAGAACAUGACAAUAGUAGUGUUGUUGAUGUCUUAGUAUUAACAUUGCUAACACCCUUGUUUUGACUUGACACCAUGAGAUAGCCACUGCAUCUCAUGAUCUGUACAACUUAAAAGACGCUUCAAGUUACCUGUAGCAUUUAAUAUGGAAUAGAACCCUUUAGCCCCCCUGACUGACCAACAUUAAUUUUAAUUUCACCUUAAAGCAACACUGUUCAGUUAAAAAAGUUGAUAAGAAAUAAGGAAAUGAUCAACAGAUGAAAGGGUCUUGAUCAUUUGACAAAUUCUCCACACCAGUACCAUAAGGAAUGUAUAGAGAACAGCUAAAAGAAUUUGCAUUUGGUAACCACUUAUGUACAAUCCAUUUCUGCAGUCCUAAGUGCUCACUUAGACCUAGAAAAUAGUUCAUUUAUUGGUGUUUUAAUGGCUUCUUUGAGAGCAGGUUAUACAACAAUGGUAAAUCCUGCCACUGGAAUUAAGAAUUAGUCUUGGUAGUUUUGUUCUCGUGAUAGUUUUGAAUUUUUCUAAUCCUUUGUUUGUCUUGUGCAUUUUAGAACCAACAAAAUUGCAGAGCAACACCUUCCCUUGGAGAAUUUGCAGAUGAUGGAGGUAUGCUGUGAAAUGUUCAAUUAAAUUUUAAUUGAAGAUUUAAGAAUCUUUCAGCUGUUUUGUAUUUUGCGAUAUUUCUGCAUCGCUUGUUGCAGUGUUAUAAAUAAUUCUAAUUGGUGAUUUUUUUAUAAGGUCCUAGAAUAUGCCAUCAGCCUCAGUGAUGAAGAGUUCUUUAUUCCAGUCCUACAGGUUUGUUUUUUUGCACUGUAAUUUGUAGCAUGUGUGUUAACGUGCAAUAAUUUUGUUAUCUUUUACCAUUUUAAGGGUUUGUGUAUUCAAGCUAGAGUCUGCUUUUUAAAAAAUAAUACCCAUUUUGGGACCUUAGAGGUUUGGUUUGCACAUCCUUGUACAUACCAUCCUAUUGAGGUUUUAAAGUGGAGUUACAAGGGUCAAGCAGUCAGCUUGCUCUGUUCUAGACCUACAGGGCAAUAUUUUGAGCUUUGGUUGUUGGCACAGGACUGUUUUGAGGUAGUUAACUUUGUUCUACACUGCUUUACUUCUCAAAGGCAUCUAAAUGAUUAUACUGUACCUUUGCAAUGGGCAACAAAUGCCCACUUAUUUCACUUAUUUCAAUCACCCCAUUCCCUCGCCCCACUCGAUCCAUUCCGUGCCCUUUCUUCCUGAAAAGAGAUAGGAGUGCCUUUAGGUGUUUCAUGACACAGGAAAUUAACUUUACCCUUUGGUUUCAAGGCACCAAAUUGAUGAGAACAAAAGUUAAUGUUCCAGUCUCACUUGUUGUUUGUCUUUCUCAGUCAUUCAAAUUUGUACAUGCCAGUAAGUUGGCGGAGGCUGGUUUCACUGAAGAGGUGAGCUCUAAAAAUGCUGAGUGUUAAUGUACUUGCUUUAGAACUAAUAGCUUCAUUCUUUAAAGCUACUGGCAUUAGACAAAAAGGCAAACAAGUUACAAGUCAACAAAGCUGAAAUAUUUUUUAUCAGCUGCACUGCUUGUGCACUUUUGACAAAAUUAAUGGUCUGGCUAAUGACCUUGCAGUAUUAGCACCAUUUUAUAUGAUAUUUUGAAUAUUAAUAUUAUUAUUUGCGUGGGUAGGAUGCUUUGCUAUACUGCAAGUUAGUUUAUUGUUAUUCAUAAUUCUGAACAUUUAACAUUUUAUGAACUGAGGAAACCAGAAUAUCAUAAAGCUUGCCUGUAAUUGUUACAGCCUUUACAGUUUGUUUAUUUAACUAGAAAAUAUUAUUAAUAGCCUGAAGAUUUUGUAUUACAAAAUUUUUAUUAGCAUCCUACCAAUGUUUAUUAGUAUUACUAUGUUAUGAUUAUCAUCAUUAUUACUGGCAAUCAUGGGUUUUUUUCCAUACUGCAAAUGUUCUAAUAAUAAAUGAUUACUCUUGUGAAUAAUGACAGACUUAACAGAUUCCAUUUGAUUAACUAAAGAUACAGCUAAACUUGUUAUUAUAAUGACUGUUUUUGCAGUUUAUUGACCAGACUAUUUUGUACCUUGUUUCUCCCUUAACAACAACAACUUUUAUUGACCUAUUAUACAUAAGAAAGAUGAAAUUUACAUGCAAUAAAAAUUAAAGCUAAAAGGGGUGUUGGCAUUAUUGCAGGCUCUCCACUAUCUAGAGCUCAUUGGGGAGGUGAUUAUAAAACAUCCCACUCACUGCAAUGUAACAUUAGUAAAGAAUGUGCGAGAGGUAUGUUGAAACUAAUGACAUAAUAUUUUGGUUUAGUAUUAAGUUGCAUAAAUGGGUAUAGCUAUAGUUCAAGUUAUAUUGCUGUAGUCAUUGUUUACAAUUCUGCUUAUUAGCAUACAAGUUAAUGCAAAAGUUUAGAGGGCUGGUUAACUUGAGCAGUUUGUGAAAUUUUCAGUUCUUUGCUUGUUCAUUUAACCUAUUGCAUUUUUGAUGUUCUCAUUGUCAUCACUUUUGUCACUGCUUAAGCUCCCUAAUGUCUUUGAAAUGACAGCUAACUCUAAUUAGUGGUCCUUUACACUUUAAAUGGCAUUGAGCAAGUAAACAUAUUUUUUAGUUAUUUAACUCCAUGACGAAAAUGGUCAGUGAGGAGUAGUGUCCAUGUUAAAGACAUCAAAGCCAUAACGUGACAUUUGGUAAUGUAUCUCUUAGACCAAAAGUAAUGUCCCUAAUAGAGGGUUUUUCUUAUCAUGGAGGAAGACAUUUGACUGUAUUGACUCUUCUCUUCAGCUAACUGAUCACCUUACAAGUGACAAUCAGGAGGCUGCUGAUCUGUUGGAGAUGCUUGAUAAGGUUCUUCAAACCAAAGAGGUUAGAUAAAACUUAUUUAUAAUUUAAGCUGUUAUUGUAAAACUUGCAGUUUUGUCAUUUUAUGGUACAAGAUCAUUUUAUUAUUUGCUUUUGAGAGAAAAGCUGCCUGCAUUUUGUGCUUAUGUGCUUUGACACUUCUCACUUGUAGACAACUUCACAAAUCAGCAGUUCUGUGACAGAGAGUGAAAGUGAAGUGGAAGAACCUCUUGCAGAAAGCUCAGCAUCAUUCUUCUCAGGUUAUGACCCCUCUACUAACACACCCAAACACCAGCCAGAGCAAAUGGAUGAAGCCCAGCACCAGCUUUCUUACACUGAAACAUCGAUGAGUGCGCCUUCAGUGGCCCAAGAACCACCAGAAGUUGAAUAUAAGCAAGAUUACUGGGCAAAUGGCAUGCCCACAGGUGACAACCAGGAGGCAUUCACAGGAGGUUUGGAUGCACAGGCUACCCAGCCUGAACUCCCCUCGGCCUUUAUUCCAAAGGCACCUGAACCUGCUCCACAAGUUCCAUUCUUUGUUCCUGGUCCAGCUGUGGCACAGCCACUUCCUGUGCAGAAUGAGCAAACAGAGACAGUUGAGGAGCAGCCUGUUGUUAAUGGCAGACAGUGGGCAGAAGAAUCUAAGAAGGUUGAACCUUUGCCACUAAAAGGUAUGUACCAGUGUACAGCCAAAAUUCGGGGCACUUGUUCAAGUAGGUUUUAAUGAUGGGGGACAGGGUGAUGAGGGGUGGGGGGGGGGGCUUAUUUAGCUUUCAAUCUUUGUUUGUGGAAAAAAAACGGAGACAUCUGGAAAUAGCAUUAAUUGGAACUGCUUUAAUGGGAAAUGUUGUUGUAUAUUGAUGCCAGUGUUUUAAAAGUUAUAAAAGAAAAAAAAAAGAGGCCGUUGUUAUGACCUUCCCAUUUAAGAAAUUUUGGAGAUUGUCAAUAAGCAUGCCUAUUGGGGAGAGAGCCAAGUGGUGUGGGGAGAAAAUUAUAAUGCUUGAAUUUUCGAACCAACAUUUUUACAACUGAAAAUAAACAAAAUCAGCAAAAUCAUUUCGGCCCAGUUGAGGGCUGUCACUAAGAUUUCAAGUUGCUGGGUAUUAGUGGGCAAUAAAUUUUUAAAGUAGGGAGUUCUUGGCUCUAUUUUCUUUUGUUUCUUAUGAAAGUAGCUGGGUGUCAUGCUCAUAGUAAUUGAGGGAAACCCCUGGCCCUCAGCCCCUUGUGACAGUCCUAGUCCAGUUCCUUUAGCAAUCUUUAGCAAUAGUAAUGGUAUAUUACUUUUUCCUGGUUUUUUUCCUGGUUUAGAACCUGAUGUUCCAAAGAAGACUGAAUCAGCAGCUAAGCCAGAUGAGAAGAAAAAGAAGAAAGAACCUGCUGCCCGCAAUAGCCCAGUUAGUUCAACUAACUUUUUAUUUCAUAACCUCAUCCUUGUCUUUGACUUUUUUGGCAAAUAGCACCAAAUGAAUUUGUGAAAUUUUUGAAAAAUGGUAAAGUGAAUUAAAACAUUGACAUUAAGGCUUAAGAUGUUACAGAAAAAUCUAAACAUCAGUCCAUAAUGUGACCUUCCUUCCUGACUUUUCAACAACUAAAUAGUUAAUCAGAAAAAGCUGACAGCUAUGUACUGUGACUGGACAGCCUUUCUUAAAAACUGAAUGAAUGAGUGAAUUUGAUUUGUUAUUGCAACUACUUGUCACUUUGUGUUGCUAAAAGAAGUGCUUUUGUUCUUAGAUGGGUGGCUGGUUCUCUGGCUUGCUCUCAAAGGUGAUUCCUCGUGGUCCAAAUCAAAUGAUUCUUCCUGAUGACAGCAAAAAAUCGGUAAUAAUAAUAAUAAUAAUAAUAAUAAUAAUAAUAACUUAAUAACUCCUGAUAAUCUACACAUGGCCCUCCGUUUGACUGUUCAUGCGCACUUGAAUAUGCAAAAAUAUGGACUGUUUUGCCGUCUAUCUUAAAGAUAGGGCAGUGCCAUUUUUGGUUUAUUUUAAGGGUAAGCUAACAGAACAACUUCCUGGCAGUGCUUUUAGCCCCUCUGCUGGAGUUGUUGAAUUCAUUGUUUCUCUAUCAUUUCAAUCUUAUGCAGAUUUACUGGGAUGAGGAUCUUAAGAGAUGGGUGAACACAGAUGAAGAUGGGCAGGUUUGUAUAGCUUCUCUGCUGGUGUUACUGUGCUUCAGUAACAUGCAACCGCUGAGUCAGUUUUGUUUUCAUUUUAAGUCACACAAAAAGUGAAAAAAAAAAGGGUAAACAUGUGAUUGAUUAGUACAUAAAAUGUAGCUAAUUGGGGAACUGACACCUUCCUGUAAUUUCCAAUUGGCCUCUAUUCAAGCUAAACUAUUUACAUGAAUUUAAUUGCAUUUGUAUAUAUGUUGAUUUUAACAGCAAGCAAUUUCUGACAGUUUAUCUACCAAUUACUUUUUUAACUUGAAAAUGGUCAUGAGUGAAACGUUGAGGGGGCGGGGGUGGGGUUUGGUAAAGGGGGUGUUAAUGUCAUAUUGAGGCGACAGUUCCUUGUGGGAAGCAGAAGUUAAAUGAUUGUCAAAGAUGCAUUUGUUUUAUAUUGAAUGGUUUUUGUCUUGUUACAUUUCAGGACAAUGCUCCUCCACCCCCACCCCCAAGUGACAUGCAGCUUGGUUUUGGCCAAAAUCCCAUGAUGCCAUUUGGAAAUGCCACUCCUGCCACUUCAGGUAUGUGUUGAAAUUUGUUUAAAAGGAUUUUCUUUCAGUCAUCUUUGGGAGAGUUUUUAUUUAGAGCACCAUGUUUGAUAUGAGUGAUAAUCAGUAUAGUUUUAAUUGCACAACUACAUCCCAAAUUUGUCUUAGGUUGUAUACCUCCUGGCUUAGGUUUUUUAGGACUGUGUUUGCCAUUUCAUCAACUUAAAAAAAUUACUGAUUUGCAGUCUAGUGUGUGUGUCAAAAAUCUAAGGAGAAUUUCCAUUUCUACUGGUUUUUGUCACAAAUAUUUCAGAAGGUUUACAACUUGUGAACCGAAAACCAGUUAAAAACUCUUUAUAACACAAAGUUUCAUUUGUUUGGGAUUUUUCUUUGCUCUUCGCAAAAUCCAUUUGGUGUUAGUUGUUGUUUUUUGUAAAUUUGCUGCAAAUUAACGAUGUAGGGAGACCAAGGUUAAUAUUUCAUCACAACAUGAUAUUCCAAUUAAAAUUUCAGGAUGGGGGGGGGGGGGGGGGGGGGUUUGACGUCAACUCGAGUUGUAAGGUCAGGACCAGGCCAUACUCGACGCUGAUGCACUUACAAUGGCGACGAAAGGGGAGGGGGGGGGGGGGUGGGGGGGGGCGUAUUGUUUAACCAUGCAGUAGUGUCUGUAAAUUAGAAUAUUAGCUAAUGCUUUUUCCUUCAAAUAGGUACUACAACCCAUAGUGUUGGUACUCCCUCAUUCCCUGGGUCUGCAGCGCCCCAGCAAGCUCCUGGAGUUACCCCUGGUGGUAUGGCCACAGCCACACCUCCUGCUGUUUCUAAAUUUUCCAGGAAAGCCUAUGGAGGAGGAAGACUAGGUGAGCUUUAAACCAAUAACAGUUCAAUUCAGUUCCUUCAAAUAUUUGAAUCAGAUUUGAUAAAACAGAUGCUAAUCCUCUUACUCUUAAAAGUAGGAAAUCUCAAAUGGGAAAAAAAUGCUUAGUUUCCUUUUGUGUGAUACUGGAAAACAAAUAGCACCAUGUGAAAGUAUUAGUGAAGAGGUUUCACUUUAAAGAUCAUACCAUGGGAUUUCAUCCAGAGACUUAAAAAUUAGACGUAAGAACCUGGCAAAUAACAUUAGAACCAUGAGAAGGUACUGCUGAAGAGGUAUCCCCCCGUAAAAUUCCGAAAAUAAGCCCUUAAAUCGCCCCUCCAAAUAUAAGCCCCCGGGAGCUUGUACUUGGAAAAUUGCCCUCAAAUACAAAGUAAAACAACUUGUUUUACUUUGUAUUUGAGGGCAAAAACGGUAAAUUUACUUCCAACUAUAAAGCCCAAUCGAUUUUGAAACGCAAAUUUCCCUCCGUAAAUAAGCCCUUCCGAAUUUUAGCCCCUCCAAAAAUAAGCCCCUCAAAAAGGGCCUUUGAAAAAUAUACGCCCCGGGGCUUAUUUUCGGAAUUUCACGGUAUUAAAGUGGCCACACCACAGGAUUUCAUCCUCAGAGUUAAACGCUGGAACCACAUUCAUGUUUUCAUCAGGUGAUACGUGCAAGUACAGCUUUUCACACAUUAAAUGUUCCUUCUUUUUUCCCUUCAGCUAAGAAGUAUGUUGAUGUUCUGAACCCCACUGGACAGAGCUCAGCUAAUGGUCCAGUUAUGCUUCCAAACAGUCUUCUCCCUACCUUCCCUGGUCCUACUGCAGCCAUUAAUCCGGCAACGCUAUUUGUGCCUACUCCUGUGACUGGUAUGAAGGAUUUGUUGUUGACAUUUCCUGUCUUUUAGCUUUUUAAACUCUAUCAUAGUGCCAAAUAAACACUUCCUCAAUUGGCUGCCACGUCAAGGGUGUCGUGUAACCUGUACAUGCGUAAAUAAAAUAGAGGCAACUUUUACGUUUACUCACGUCACUUCAUACAUUGCCUCUAUGUUAUUUACCCGCAUAGGCACGUAAAAAUUACGCGACAGUGGAAAUUCACCAUUGGUCAUUUAAAAGGAUAAGCAUAGAAUACUUAAAAGAACUUCCUUUCCAACCAGUAACGCCUGACUGUAAUAACUGACACUUGCAAAACGUUUACAGUAUGCUCUCGAAUGUUUGCUUUUAGAUCCUUCCUAUGAAGAGCAGGCGGCUACUGAGCCUGUUGUUGCUAAUCCCGGUUCCCGCCCAUCAUCACGGUGAGUACAUUUUUCAAGUGUUAGCCUUGCCCAGUACUGAUCAGUAUUAAAACUCUCCUAAAUACAUUAGUUCCCCGUCACAAGUGGAAGUUGAGCCUUUUAGACACAACAAGCAAACCUGAGAAAUUUUGUAAAUUGUGUUAUCUAAGGUCAUCAGAACUGUAUAGAGACUGGCUUAUGUUAUAAUCAGUCAUUAUUCCUUGUUGAUGUCUUUGUUAUUCAGCCCUUUAUAUUUUAACUUUUGAUUUCUUACAGAAAUGAUGAAGACGAUGGCGCUGAUCAGCAGUCACAGGUAAAGAAAGCUCCUACUUUUGGAACAAAAAUAAUUACGAAAAUAUCUGUCUGAUUGCGUUGAAACGUGGCCACUAGGUUUUCGCCCGGCGCCGGGCGCAGCCCUGCUCCAGGCCAGUGCUGUGUCCAAAAAGUAGGGGACUUGGCAUCUUGGUUGGCACAGCUGGAUAGCUCAGGGACUGCCCUAACAGUGGAUGGGUGGAUCAGGCCUUGGGGGGCAAAACUAGUGUGGUAGGGAGGGGGUUAUUUUGACACAGCCCCUUCAGUAAGAAGCAGUGUUCAGUAGAGGCUUUGACUGGCAAGUACCUUGUUCUUACUUUGCCCUAGCCAACUGAAUCAGGCCUCUACUGAAAAUGAUUAUCAUGAUAUUUGCAGAGCUCAGUGGGAGGCGCAGACAGUCACCCAUUGUCUGUGUGUGUGUGUGGGUGGGGGGGGGGGGGGGUGGGGUGGGGGGGGGGGGGGGGGGGGGGGGUGAAAGUCUUGGUACCAUUCAAAGACAUACUUAGCAUAGGACCUGUAGACACUCACUGAAGCCAUGUUUACAUAAAUUCAGUCAGAUAUAAAUGAAUAAACACUUUUAUUCUUAACUCUUAACUUGCAAUAAAUGGUCAUGCUUUUUCAAUAACAGUGAAAUUAUUACUCUUUAUAACCUAAAUUAAAGAACAAGAAAAGCUGGUAAUUUUAAAUUGGUGUUAAAAUUUUUUUCAAAGUAAUCAUGUGAAAUGAUCUCAUGGAUAACGUAGAUACCCUGGAUGUGUAAUUUUAUUUAAUUGUCGUUUCUGAUAAAUUGAUAAUUAACAAGCCCACAAACUGAUGAAAUUAGGACCAAAAAAUGGCUAAAAAUUGGCGAGUUACAGGUGAGCAGCUGAAUGAGACUGCUGAAAUACGUUUAUGUUUCUUGACGUACAAACUGUGUGAAUAAUUUUAUGUCCUUGCUAAUUUCUUUGUAAUUAUUGUUAACUAUUGGGUACUUGAACCUGUUCUCGUUGAAUACUAUUCAGGACAUGUGGAGUGUUUUCUAUAUCACGUGCGUGAGCUGUGUCGUUCUUGUAUUCAUCACGUGCAGUGUUGUUGAUUUCACGUGCACAGUCGUCUCUUUCUAAACGUCCCCUUUUGAUUUCAGCAUUCUCGGUCAAGCUCGGUCUCCCUAACUUCAGCAGAAGUUCGUAGCUACAUGAUGCCUCAGGUAUUUCACUGCAUUCUGCCUAUGUAACGGUUAGCUCAGGCAGAGGCAGUGAAACAACAGUUCAUAGGCAGAUAACAUGGUCUAGUCAGACUAGACGCUUAGGCAAGACCAGGGUAGAGAAGUACAAGAGUAGCUUUUAGUGGGCUAAACAGGAACAGGUUAGAGGGAAUAGACAAUGUGGAAUUUCUUUUCUUAACUAGACAGUCUAAAUUUCAGUUUCAUCCUGAGUGACAUAAAUGCUUUUGCUAAUUGCAUUUCCCAUUUCAAGUGUCUGUCUGUUUUCUCACCUCCAGUGGACACUUUCAGCGAACCAAUAAAAGAUCGGAGAUAAAUUUCCUAGCUAACUAUUUAACCUUUAAAUAUUGUAAAAUUUUAGUUUUCCGUUCAGCUCUCUGUGACAGCAAAGUAAACUUGUGCUCUGAUUUAACUGCCUAGCUAAUCAAAAACUAAACUAAGAUCCCUCCGUGCCCUGAAAUUUCUAAAAAUACAUUUUAUAACGUAAAGGUGCGGAAAAAUUAAAUUAUUACGGAGACUUAUAUGUAUAAAAAUAGGAACAGCAACAGGUGAAUAAGGUUAUAUUUAAUUUUCCCCUUACUCCAAAGAGUGGCAGAACUUAAAAAUGGAAGGAAAUCUUAACUUUCAUUUUGUGAAAUACUGAAAAACAAGUGAUACCAUGAUAAACACAACAGUAGGGGUUUCACUUGAAUGGUAGCAUCAUGGGGUUUUAAACAAGGAUCAAACUCGCAAUUCAUUGCCGAGUUUCUUGUUGGCGGAAAAAUCUCCCGCCAUUUUCUUAACAAAUCAGAAUCGUGACUUGUUGGAACGCUUUUUUUGGCGCCUGCUUCACGUAUCUGCGAUGUAAUUGGUUUCUUUGAUGUCAGCUUGAGUUGUGAUUAGCUGACAUUCAUUGAAAGCCGCUCUCUAGUCAUUAGCACGUCUGUCUUUUUGAUGACCACCAUUAACUUUUAACAAUACUUUUUUUAUUAUCUCAGAUCCCAGAUCCUCCUCCACAAAGCGCUGCUGCACCAAUGUUCUUUGACCCGUCGGCUUUCAGCCAGCCCAAGGCUCAGGCUUCUCCAAGAAAGUCGCGCUAUCCGGGUCAAAUAAGAAAGUGA